CGAGCGUCACUUUUUUGUUGAUGAAAGAUACCUGAUGGGUAUCUAUCGUAUUGAUUAACGCCAUGCGUGCACAUGCCGUUUCAACAACUUCCUUCCAGAUGUCAGCAUCGUUUCCCAGCCCAGAUUCCUUCCCACCACGCCUCGCAUUUCUCCGGGGUUCCGGAACGGCUUUCUUGGAGCCGUUGUGAGGGAAAAAAAAACUUCCAAACAAGAUCGUUACGUGUCAACCUCUCUCUCUCUCUGUCUGUUCCGUCCAACCUCUCGACAGCAAUCAUCAUGUUCUUGCCACCAUUGUUCCUGCCAUUCUGCAAAUUUCAAAAAAAGGCAAAAAAGUCAUGCGAGCUGCAUGUAUGAUACGGCCGCGCAUGCACUGCUGCAGCCAUCGAGGUCCACGAGUAACAUGUUUUACCACCCUCCAAGAAGCUCCCAAGGUGCCGUCAUCCUCGCAGCAAGCCACUACUGUACCUGCACGCAAAAACGUUCCAGAGGAAGGCGAGUAAGAAUGGUGCUUGCGAAGUUUGCGCAGCAUCCCGCAACAUGUUCAACAAUGAAUGCACUCGAUGGCCAACAUCCAGUAAAUGGCUGGCGAACUUGGAGCUCCAUCAGCCAGCCGUUCGUGCUUAUGAUGAAUCAUUCUUCGCCCUCCACCACGCAUCCCUGUGCGAAGAAGAUCUUUGCAGCCUUGGUGCUGCUUUCGUUCGAAAUGGCGUAGUUGUUACCUGCGAUGAACGUGUUGCGUUAGCCCAUAGCUCCCUACAGUCAGCCUGUCAAAGAAC